UCAACUAUUUGUUUGGUUAUGUUCACAUUUUUAAAAUUAGGAAAAUAAUUAAAAGUAAACUCCUGAAUUAUUAUGUAGCAGCUCGAUAAAUUUGUAAUUAAUUUAAAAUUGAACAGCUGAAUAAUAAUCCAUUUUGGGAAGUUCAGCUCUAUUCUAAAAAUGCAAUCGGCACACACGUUACUUUGCAAACAGACAAUCAAGUAUCGUUCGUUUGCAAUGAGCGCCGUAAGUACACCAGCACCACGGACUCGGAGAAAGGCCUCUCCAAUGAGUGAUAGCUACAGUGCUAGAAUACAAAGGCAUUUUAAGGAAACUUACGAACUAUCAUUAAUAAAAAGACACAUACCCCAAAAGUAUUUUGUGCAAAAUCGUCAACAUAUCCUUCGCCAUUCCUACUUAAUGAAUAAAUUGUUCGCUAAAGACAUUGUGAACAGAAUUUGGCCCUACCUGAAAGACCAAGUUAUUUGUGAAACGAACGUCGGACUGGGCUUAAUAACGACAGAACUUAUAAAACGAGGGGUCGAAAACGUUCGUGUGUAUGAAGUCUGUCCUGAAUUUAGGAAGCAUCUUAGGACCCUUGUUCAUUUUCCAUUGAGAAUGGAAAUAUUCGCUCGAGACUUAUAUAACAUAAAUGCUCUGUUGUAUUUCGACAGACAUGAUAAAGCAGAUCGAGCUCAUCGAAUGCUAGAUGGUUUACCUACCAGGCAUUGGAAUGAAGCUUCUAGUCUGACAAUCAUUGGUCCUAUGCCAAAUCUUAACUUUAUAAGAUAUUUAACUAGAGCAAUUGCUCUACAGGACGAAUUCCUGUUGUAUGGAAGGCCUCAAGUGUUUGCUUUGGUACAACCUGAAGAUUAUCAUUGCUUAUCUGCGACUCCCGAAAUGAGCUUGGUGGUUUAUAGGACUACCAGCAUAUUGUUCCAAUUAUUUUUCAACUAUCAAGUUUUACAUAAGUAUUGCAAAAAGUCAUUUCUGCCAUGGCGAAAUGUUCCAGUAAAAUUUGAGCAGCCAGAAGAUGAAAACGUGUUACUAAUGAAAAUUAUUCCGAAAAAACAAUUACCUGUGAGCACUGAGUACCUUCCUCAUCUAUUUUACUUUGUAAUUGAUGGGUUUAAAAGAGGACAUCAGAAAGUAAUACCCACCAUGGAAAAGUGGGUACCUGGAAUCGGAACAACUUUGAUAGUGCCACCUCAGAAAUACAAAACGCAUUUCGCGAAUAGUAUCGAUAUAUUCACGGAAUUUAGAGAAUUACGACCUUCUGAAAUAUUACAACUUUUUUUGAUUAUGUUGGAGCACCCGGAUUUCCAUGCAAGUCCCUUCAUACCGAUGAUGGAGUCACAUUUAGUCAAAGAUGAAACAAUCGAUUCAGAUUUAGUGGAAUCGGAUGACAAACUUUCGGAUAUUAUUUUGGAUGAAAAAAGUUGAAAUCUAGCACUAAAUUAAGUACGUUGGAAAAAGAUCUUGUUAUGUUUGUAAAUAAAUUGUUAGUAUACUUGC